AAGGGGGAGUGACCGAUGAAGAAAAAGCUCAAAGUAGGCUAUUCUUUGGAACAGUCAGAAGAGGCAAAGAGUAAGAGAGGAUUUGAGAGAAAUCUAGAAAGCCUUGCUGUAACAGGGCAAAAGUGCCCUGGGCCAGGCUCUGGAAUGACUUUCCAUUUUCUGGGUUACACUGUUCUAGUCCUGUUAUUGGCAUGCUUUACUGCUGUGGCUGCUGAAAAUGCAUGUGGACCACCUGCUAGAAGAGAACGUGAACAACCUAUGGAAGAAUUGACUGCAGAGACAUAUGUACAUGGACACACAAUAUCAUAUAAAUGCCGCCCUGGAUAUGCUAAAGCUUGGCCUAUUAAACUUGAAUGUAAUGAUGGAGUCUGGCAACGAUUGCCACCUACGAAGAACUGCACAGGAAUAUCUUGUGGCAGUCCUGGAGAUUCUGAUUAUGCCAAUUUUGAACUUACCCAGGGAGAGGAUUUUACUUUUGGUGCCCGUGUUGUUUAUACGUGUAUUGAAGGGUAUAAGAUGCUCAGCCAAUAUAAUUACCGUGAUUGUCGAGCAAAUGGAUGGACCAAUGAAGUUCCUCAUUGUGAAAUCAACAAAUGUCUUCCAAUAACAAUACCAAGAAAUGUGAGGAUUAUUCAGGGUGCAAAAUCUCAAAUGAAUGAAGAUUUUUUAUCUGGUGAUCUAGUGAUAUUUGGAUGUUUUGGAAACCUCAAAAUAAAGGGAUCUAAUAAAAUUACUUGUACAGCUGAUGGCACUUGGAGUGCACCUGUUCCAGAAUGUAUAGAAAUAACUUGCCAGGCAGACAAUAUUGAAAAUGGAAACAUAUUAUCUCCAAAGGUCAUUUAUAAGGAAGGUGAGAGAAUACGAUUCUCCUGUAAUGAAGGAUACGUAUAUGUUGACAGACCAGAUGCCUUAUGUACUGAGACUGGAUGGGGUACAAAGCUUCAAUGUGAAGAAAUUAAGUGUUUCCCUCCAGAAGUGAUGAAUGGCUACAUUCAACCUAGACAAGAUCAAUAUACAUACAAUGAUGAAAUUCAGACAAUAUGUAAUGAAGGGUUUGUCUUUGGAGGCCCAGGAAAGGUUUCCAAAUGUAUUGCAAUUGGUUGGAGUCCUCCUCCUUUCUGUAAACGAAAGGGCUGUGACUAUAUCCGUAUAGAAAAUGGAAGAAUGGAAAAUCAUUAUGAAUAUUACAGACCAUUUCCAAAAUGGCAAGGAGAAACAAUUCGGUUUUCUUGUUAUCAUGGUUUUCUGCCUAAAAGCAAGGAAAUAUGGCAAACAGCGACAUGCAACAAUUCCCGCUUUGAACCAGAACCAAAGUGUUUUAAAAUGUGUGAUCCUUCUUUACGUUUUCAUUAUGGUUACUUCAUUACUUAUUACUGGCACACGUACAUAGAAGGUGACGAAAUUACAUUUGCUUGUGCUCAGGGAUUUUCUCCUGCAAACCAGCAAUCAACAGUUACAUGCACCAAAAAUGGAUGGUCACCUGCUCCAAGUUGUAUCCCGGCAGCAGUUGAACCCACCUGUAAGAAUGUUUAUCUAUCCCAUGGGAAUUUUGAAUCGCAGCAACAGAGUUUUCAGAUCAAUGCUAAAGCAAAAUAUAAUUGUUAUGAUGGCUAUACAACAUCAAAAGGAGAGACUGAGGCCGAGACACAGUGCCUUACAAAAGGCUGGAGCCCAAAGCCAGAAUGUAUCAAGACUUGCUUAAAGCCACCUGAAGGUGAUUUUAUCUUCAACACAACUAAGUCUGUUUUCUUUCCUGGAGACAAACUUCACUAUGAAUGUAAAGAGGGAUUUGAAAUUACUAAAAAUACCAUUGAUGACACCAUAGCAUGCACUGACAAAGGAUGGGAACCUACUCCUAGUUGUGUCUCCAUAGUAUGUAAGACUCCAUUUUUGGAAAACGGCACAAUUGAACCAAGAGAGGACAUAUUUCUGCAUAAAAUGGUGGUAUAUUUUAAAUGUAAUGAAGGAUUCACAAUAGUUGGCUCUGAAUCUGCACAAUGUUAUCACUUUGGAUGGUCUCCACAGCCUCCAAUAUGUAAAGAAAAUGUUAAACCUUGUCCGGCAUCACCCAUCAUUUCAAAUGGCAUAGUUACUGAUGAACCUAAAGCAAUAUUUCAGCAUGGUGAUAUACUGGAAGUUCAGUGUGAGAGCUCAUUUGUACUAUAUGGAUCAAAAAUCAUAAAAUGUGUGGAUGGUGAAUGGGCACCCUUACCAUCAUGUGCAAAGGAAGAAAAAACUUGUGGACAACCACCAACAAUUAAAAAUGGAUAUACUUUCGAUGUUAAGUCACUAUACAGCCAUGGUGACACCUUGGAAUACAGAUGCGUACAACGAUAUACCAUUAUUGGGACCAACCCAGCUAAGUGCCUUCAUGGGCAGUGGGAAGUACCUUCAUGUCUUGUUAAUCCACGAAGUUGUACACGUCCACAGUAUGCAGUCUUUCAACCAGCUGUUCUGACUACAAAGCAGUUUAAGACCUACCAGGUUGCACACUACCGCUGUGGUUCCAAUCUGCAUCAAACAAAUUGUGUUAACGGAUUAUGGCUUCCUGAGCCACGGUGUGAAGGAACCUGCCCUCCACCACCUCAGCUUCCCAAUGCCAUCGAUGUAGCCGAGAUGAGAAUCCACAGGAGCAGAGAAGAAGUUAGCUUCAUGUGUCAAGAACAUUUCUUUCUUCGUGGCCCACAAAAGAUAAAGUGUGAAGAUGGAAAAUGGCAAACACCUCCACGCUGUCUUGAUUUACGAUGUAAAUCUCCUCCUGAAAUUGACAACGGUAUAAUAGAAAUUGGGAACCGCACAAUGUUUUAUCAUGGUGAAAUUGUGGAGUAUCGUUGCUCUUCAGGUUUUGAAAUUAGUCAGUUAAAUACCGUAAGAUGUGAAAAUAUGAAAUGGUCUAAGCUACCUGUUUGCAAAGAAAGGUCAUGUGGUCCGGCCCCAGAAAUCCCCAAUGCUUCACUGGAGCAAGAAGGUAGAGAACAAUAUGAUUCUGGAAAAAUAAUAAACUAUACAUGCAAUCAUGGAUUUGAUACUAAAGAAUCUACUAAAAUAACAUGUAGAAGAGGACAAUGGGUAGGAGCCUUCACUUGUAAAGAUGCAACGUGUCCCUCACCUCCUAUAGUUGAAAAUGCUGAAAUUACUGGGGAUACAAUGAAGAAGUACAUUAAUGGCGAGAAAAUAAAUUAUCGGUGCAAUGAUGGUUUUGAAAUAUCUGGAUCAGCUGCUGUAACAUGUAGACAAAAUAACUGGUCACGCUUGCCAAGAUGUGUAGAUGUAAGAUGUUCUUCUCCCCCUGAAAUUCAAAAUGGUCAGAUUAUUGGUGAAAUAAAGGAAACGUAUUUGCCCCGGGAGAAGGUGCAGUAUCGAUGCAACACAGGUUAUGGUCUUCUUGGGUCUACUUUCAUUACAUGUUUGAAGAAUGGCUGGACACAAAUACCACGUUGUACAGAUAUUGAGGGGAAAUGUGGACGGCCACCUCACGUGGCGAAUGGAGACAUUACGGACUUACCCAAGCCAGUCUAUUUACAUUCUGAAAGUGUAACUUAUCAGUGCCAAAAUUUCUAUACAAUGCAAGGUUCUCCAAGAGUGACUUGUCAAAAUGGUCGUUGGUCACAAACACCAACAUGUAGAGUUGCUUGUACAGCAAGUGAAGAAGAUAUGAGAGAACACAAUAUAAGGCUGAAGUGGACCAACGGGGAUAAAAUAUAUUCUGAGGAUGGAAAUACAGUGGAAUUUGUAUGUUUAAGAGGCUAUAAACGACAUCCAAAUACCAGAUCAUUAAGAGUUAGUUGUGUGGAUGGGAAAUUCGAGUAUCCACUUUGCAUUCGUAGCUAAGUGAAUGAACAACAGGACAUAUACAGCACCCUUUAAACCAGAAAAUGAAUGUCUGAAAUCAUGUAUCAUUCUCUUUAAUAUGACCAUAUGAAGCUGGAUUGUAUAUGGUGGAUCCAAACCUAAAAGCCUACUCUGUAAAAGACAGAUUUUACCAACUGAAAUAACUGUGAAAAUGAUAACAUUUAAAAACAAGUUUAUAGAACAUCUUUAAGGCAGAUAAAAUAUUGCCUUAAUAAUGUAACCUUAUAAAUAUAUUUUUAAAAAUGUAUCUUGAGUGAGGAAUGUAGGUUUUUUCUAUAUAUAUAUUAAUUAUAAACAUUUGAUUAAUCUGAAUUAUCAAUCAACAGCCCAUCUUAAAGGAAUGACAAUAGAUAAUUGUAAUUGAUGUUUUUA